AUGGAGAUCACGAGUAGAGAUAGGAGGCAAGUUGCAAUUGAGAAGGUGAGGAGAGACAGCACAGUUGAAGUAGAAUAUGAGGACGAGGAGGAGGAUGAAAGUGUGGCUGGUGGAGACGGCUGUCUUGCAGAAGAUGAGAGGAAGAAGGGUGGUGGAGGUGGUGGGAGAAGAGGGUCAAGUGGGGGUGGAAUUUCUCCACCUUCUUGUCAGGCGGAGAUGUGUGGUGCUGAUUUAACUGUUGCAAAGAGGUACCAUCGCCGCCAUAAGGUGUGUGAGGUUCAUUCCAAGGCAGCUUUUGUGAUGAUUGCAGGAAUGAGGCAGAGGUUUUGCCAGCAAUGUAGCAGGUUCCAUGAGCUGGAAGAGUUUGACGAAGCUAAAAGAAGCUGCCGGAGACGCUUGGCCAGACACAACGAGCGGCGCCGGAAAAGCAAUGCUGAAACUUGCAACGAAGGAUGCAGCGGCAGCAAAGGGCAGCACCAUACAGAAAGCCUCUGCAGAAAUGCUGAUGACUGGGGAAGAAUUCAGAUGAACUUGGGAAGGAAUUCUGGUUACAGGUCCUUCCAUUUCAGAUGA